AUGGCAGGCUACGCAGCUUUGCCCCAGUCGGACGACGGCAACGACGUCAAAUAUUGCAACAUGGGCUCCAGUCCGGCACCCACUUCACCAUCCGAGUCGCCGAUGAACGGUGACUUCGUCGAAGGUGAAACACGGGGUCUGAGAAGCGUCGAGCUCAACACGAAGGCAGUCGGUCCCAUACUCCUGGUCAUAAAUCUGCUCCUGUGGAUUAUCGCGACAAUAAGGCUGGAGCACACCGCAAGAGCAUUACAAGACGCUCUCGAGGUCGUCGAUCCUCGCACGCUACCUCGCCCCGACCCUUUCGGAGGCACAGAGAAGACGCACAUGGCUAAGAUGGCGAUGGACGGUUGA